AUGCAUGGCACACGUGCAGUCCAAAAAACCAUCGACUUCAUUUCAACGCCAGCGCAGACUCAGGCUAUCAUUGACGCGUUUGCGCGCAAUGUCGUCACGUUGAUCAAAGAUCUGAACGGGAACCACGUGAUCCAGAAAUGCCUGAACCGACUUCCUGCAGGUGAUAACCAAUUCAUCUACGAUGCUGUGGCUGCUCAGUGUGUGGAUGUAGCGACGCACCGCCAUGGGUGCUGCGUUUUGCAACGCUGCAUUGAUCAUGCAUCGGAAUCGCAGCGGCAGCAGCUUGUGAACGAGAUUACCAUGUACUCACUGACGCUCGUACAGGAUCCGUUUGGCAAUUAUGUCGUCCAGUAUGUGCUGGACCUGAACGAUCCUGUGUCCACUGAAUCCGUAACCAAUCAAUUCCUGGGGCAUGUGUUCCAGCUAUCGACGCAGAAGUUCAGCUCCAAUGUGAUAGAAAAGUGCAUCCGUGUCGCGGAGCCGCCGCUUCGUCACAAGCUUGUAGCCGAGCUUGUCGACCCAUCACGCCUCGAGCUUCUUCUGCGCGACUCGUUUGCUAACUACGUUGUACAGACGUGCCUCGACUAUGCGGAGCCUGCACAGCGCACGCAUCUCGUCGAGUGCAUUCGACCGAUCCUUCCGUCGAUCCGCAAUACGCCCUACGGCAAGCGUAUCCAGAGCAAGCUGCAGCGCGAUGGCUCCGAGCCGUCUCGACACCGUCGCUCUGAGCAGAGUCGAUCGUCUUUUGCUCCAUCUCAUCAUCAUCACCAUCACGCAUCACGGUUCGGAUCCACCCGCUUUAACCAGGCUGACGCUGGGCAUGGAAGUGGACAUUCAUCCACGCACACAUCGAACUCUCCGUUGUCUCAAUUCCACUCGACAUCCAACGAUCAUUCUCACUCGCAGCCGAUCUACUCUGCUUCACCAUCUGCCUCUACCUCUUCGCCGAUGAUGUCAUCCACGUCGAUGCCAGGCGCGCCAUCUUCACGCCAUGGUCGUUCGUCCCACCAGCACCACCAGCACCACCAUCAUUCCUCCAAGAGGCCUGAUGGUCUGUACUAUCAGCAACACCACCACGCAUCCCAUCAUCUACCUUCCCAUGAUUCCUCUGCUAAUUCGACUUCUGCGACCCCAUCCCCGACUACUUCUGCUUAUGCUCUUGCUGCGUCAGCCUCUGCUCCGGCAGAAGCCGCUGGAAACUCAUCAUUUCUUCAUGCUCAGGACGCCGCUGCACCUCUGUAUGCACCCCUUCAACGUAUGCAGCUGAGCAACGGCAUACCAUCGUACGAGUAUCAUCCUGACGAAAAAGCGCUUUCGGCGCAUGCCGGCAAGGGACCUUGGUGA